CAGCCUCCUCUGUCGGUGCACAUGGUGCUCCCAUAGCAGCCAGUGUCCUGGGUUUGCCCGUUCACCUUGCAGACCACAGCUACUGUCACAGAGGGAGAAUCUCUGCACGCCGUGCAGACAGUGACAGGAAGCCCAGAGCAUCCUGCAGAGACCAACAGCAGCACUCUGCUCAUCCUCCCAGACCGGCCCAGAAGAGGAAGAGGACCUCUGCUGCUCGUCCUUCCACAUCUUCUGCCGAACAUCUGGUCCCGAGGCCUCGGUCCCCCAUCCCACCUGCCGACCUGCCUCUGGUCUCCGACGAGGCCCCCGGCCCCCGACCCUCCACUGCUCCACUGCAGCCUGACGGAGAUCUGAACAUCUACAACCGUCCAGUGGAGGAGUUCCAGCUGAUCUACCAUGCAGUGGUAGACGACAUGCUGAAAUUCAAGAGCAGCAGACCUCGUCCUUACAGCCUAGACCUCAGACGUCGCCUCAAACAGAAGCUCUGGGAGCGACUGGACCGUCCAUCAUUCACUGAAUCAGUCCAUGAAGAUGGACGGAUGCAUGUGGACAUGUCAGUGGGUGGGGACAGAGUCUAUCCUCCCCUCUAUGAUGUGGACACAUCAGGAGAACCAGAGCCCGGGAGACCUCCAGUGCAGAGAGCCAGGAAACAGAGCUCAUAA